AUGGAGGACACGGCGGAGCUGCUGGAGAAGAAGCUAGCGUCGGAAAUUUCGAAGAUGAGCUUAGAGGAGGCACUCACUCUCGCUCCUGUUUUCAGCCAUUACCUCAAUUUGAUGGGCAUUGCUGAACUUCUGCAGCGUGGUGUUUCCCCAGACCAGCUUUACGAUACUGUUUGCAAGCAGGAGGUCGAGAUUGUUCUUACUGCACAUCCUACACAAAUUAAUCGCGGAACUUUACGAUACAAAUAUAUCAGACUUUCUCAUCUUUUAAAUUUAAGAGACCGACCUGAUCUUACUAGUGAAGACAGAGAUAUGGUGAUUGAAGAUCUGAUGAGCUUAGGCACCAUAAACCCACACCAGUUGAUGAAGCUGGGGUUUGAACAUUGUGGAGCAGUCCCUUUGGAAAGCUGUACCUCAUUAUUUAUGUCAUCUCAGCAAUGCUUUAAAGAAGCACACUGGGAAACUGGAAAACCACUUCCAUUGAAAUGCACACCAAUCAGGUUUGGCUCUUGGAUGGGGGGUGGUCGAGAUGGAAAUUCCAAUGUGACAGCAAAGGUCACAAAAGAUGUCUCGCUUUUAUCUAGGUGGAUGACUAUUGAUCUCUAUAUUAGAGAAGUGGAUAGCCUGAAAUUUGAACUAUCCAUGAAUUGGUGCAGUAAUAGCUUGUCAAAACUGGCACAAGAGAUUCUAGAGCACAAAUCUGCAUCUGAGGAUCACCAGAGUUGGGAUCAUCAGUGUUAUAAUAGGAAUCAGGAAUCUGGUAGACAUGCUGAAACACUUGAUGCAAUUACCAAAUAUUUGGAUAUGGGCACAUACAGUGAGUGGGAUGAAGAAAAGAAACUGGAAUUUCUAACAAGAGAGUUCAAAGGAAAAAGACCGCUAGUCCCAUCUAGCAUGGAGGUAAAGUAG